AUGGCCGCCUCAACUGCCGCUGCCGCUAAGAGUGCCUAUCGACAACUCCUCCGGUCCACCCGGAUUGUCUUCCACAACGAUCUCCCGGUCCUCACCGCUGCGCGCCAAGAAGCGCGCCAGAACUUUGAGAAGAACCGUCGCCCGGCCGUCGACACUGGAAUGCAAAUCAACCACGCGAUCGAGGUUGCGAACAUCCUGCGUCACAACAUCGUCCAAGGCUCGAGGCAGCAGGGAGAUGAAACUGCUAAGUGGGAUAUUGUUUCUCCAGAACUCAAUAUCCACGACCAGAUCGAACGCGGUGAUAACGACUCUAUCAAAGUCGGUGAUCAGGAUGUUAAGAUUCACAAGGCUUGCUCGUCAUGA